AUGACAAUAUUUGCGUUCAUCCUAAUUGUGGGAACGAUCAGUCCAUUUCUCUGCCACCCGUUCGACGGGCCGGAGGUGGACAGAUCCAAGCGAUCCUUACUAACAGACAGCGAAAAUGGCCUCACCGGCGGCGAGAAAAUCUCCAAGAGAUCCCUCUUCACCGACAGCGAGAACUUCCUGACCGGCGGCGAGAAGAUUUCCAAGCGGUCCCUGCUCAGGGACAGCGACAGCGGCCUCGUGGGGGCCGAGAAGAUCUCCAAGCGCAGCUUGUACACCGACAAUUUCGUCGAUUUGACCGGAAUCGACAAGCUCACCAAGCGAUCCGCCGAGGAGGAGGACGGUAUGGACGCGGAGUCCCAGUACUGGAUCCCGCUCUUCGCCCAAAAGACCUUAAGGCAGAAGAGAUCCGCUGAAGACGAUGACGAAGACACCGGCAGAACCAAGAGGAACAUAGGUUUCUUACCAACGUUCAGCAGGAAAGGGUUUAGAAGGAGCCGAAGAGAAGUAGAUGCAGAUGAAGAUGAGAACGAAGGCAGAUCAAAGAGGAAUAUUGGAUUUCUACCAACCUUCAGCAGGAAAGGUUUCAGGAGGAGCAGAAGAGAAGCGGAUGUGAUUGAAGAAACUGGCGAUGGAGAAAGAAGGCUCUCGAGUGUCCACAUGGAAAAGUUCAUCCUGACCGAACCGGGAGAUGAAAAGCCGCAUUCCGGCCCUUAG